CUGCUAAAACAUUUCGAAAAUCUUAGUCGGCAUCAAUGUGGACGAUUUUUGUAAUAUUCUGCGUAAUAUGUAUUGCGGAAGGUUAUCAUGAUGGAUAUGGAAAGUGGAUGGAAUGUCCACAAGGUUAUACAGCUAUUAACGGCGUGUGCUAUGGUACACAUCUGUGUCAGGAAGGCUACUAUCUGCACACGGAUGGCCUGUGCCAUGUGAUUAAUCCCAUACCUUGCCCAUAUGACACCACUCGAAAACCCAUUGAGGUACCCACCACCAGCACCACAAGCACCACAAGCACCACAAGCACCACAACGACAACUCAGGCACCUGAAAUUGAAACGAACAUCAUUGACGAUCCAGCGCCUACACCUGCGAUGAUUGAAGAACCUGAUGAACAGGUGCGCUGCCCACCGGGCUCAAUUUACUUCAGGGAUCAAUGUCGCAAGAUACUCUGCACCCGGGGUGAAUACUAUGCUGGCCGUUGUCUUUCGUCCGCCUGUCCGCUGGGUACCGUGUGGUGGGCCAAGCAAUGUCAAGAACCUGGUUAUAUAACAACUAUAUUAGAGAUCGAUAACGUGAUAAAGAACAAGAACGAGUAUCGAGCAGUAACCGAAAAUAUCAACAAAGUGGAAUAUAAGACCAUUAAACCCUACGACCCCAAUACGGAUCAAAGUUAUGUACAUAUGGAGCCACCGGGCCAAAUUGUUCUUGAAAGCACACCACCAGCUAGCGUAAUUGAGCAGCCCUCGGCCGGUUGCUGCACGGUCAAAACGCCACGUAUCUGCCGACCAUAUUCAUCGACAUGGGUAUGCUUCAAUCGGAGUCAAAAGCUGUGCGACCCAAGGGUUUGUACUAGACCAGUAAUCUACCUCAAGCCACCGCAAGUUGUGCAGCUGAAUGAUCCGCCAAUAUUGGUGAUGCCACCGAAUCCUCCAUUGUUAACUUGCAUGUCUCCCGAUUGUCACGAGAGCGAAAUGCUCAAUUGUUCUGGUUGUGCCCAGGGUCGGCGAGAGACCUGCUCUGCAGGCUGCUACAAUUAUUUCUGUCCGGAUUAUAGUUGCGAGUUCAAGAAUUCCGAGGACUUUUGUUCUUUAUAUCCCGGCGGUUUUGGCUGCAAUAAAAAUUAUGGCUGCAUCUGGAAUUGGUGUUAGACGAAUCAAAAUUUAUUAAAGCUUUUAAAGUCAUUUUCUGAAAGUAACGUAUGUGAAUCAUGAUUACAAAUAUAAUUUCAAAUUUUCGCGCCCAACUGAGAACUUUAUCUGUUCCCAUUGAAAGUU